AUGGCUAGCCAGGAUGCUCCCAACGGGACCAACGGCGCUGGCCCCGAGAAGAAGGGCGCCCUCAAGAGCGUGUUUGGCGCUCCCAAGGCUCUCGGAAAGGGAGUCGGAAAGGGUGUCAUGAGCGUCGGCACUGGUGUCACAAAGGGAGUGACCAUGGUCGGCGGUGCUGCUGUUGACGGUGUUGGCACCGUCGGCCGCGGGGCUGUCGGCAUUACAGGCGCUGUUGCCGGCGGAACCGUCGCGGGCAUUGGUGCUGUUGCUGGCACUGCCAUUAGCGGUGUCGGUGCAGUUGCAGGCGGUGCCAAGAAUGCCAUUGGCAGCAUGCCCGGCAUGGGCCAUCUCAAGGACGAUCCCAAGAAUUCGGCCCGUGCCCUUGCCAUCGACACGUCCACUUCGAACGCCCCCAAGACCACGGCGUCCCUCGCGGACGCUGUUGUGGCCUCAAAGCCCAUCACCGAGGACGACAUCCCCGGCACCAUCCCCAAGACUGUUCUCCCCGGCGUCCCCGACUGGAUGCCUAGGGGCUGGAAGGAGGUUGGCGGCAUCGAGGGCCGCGGUGUUCGUGACACCAAGACCCAGGAGGAGCUCAGCAUCCUCUCGACCUACCUCAAGGACCAGUACUACGGCCAGUGGUACCACAAUGGUGGUGUGAUCAUCUUCGCAGUCGUGUCCACUCGCUUCAUCACCGCCAUCGGCCUUGGCUGGGGCUGGAUUUUCGUCAUCCUCGCCUUCUGCGCGACCAUGUACUCUCUUUCGAUCGAGCGCACCCGCCGCUACGCUCGCGAUGACAUUCAGCGCGAGCUCGUCAAGACCCGUCUCAUUACCGAGACCGAGUCGGCUGACUGGCUCAACGGCUUCCUGGACCGCUUUUGGCUCAUGUACGAGCCCGUUCUUUCCGCCACUAUUAUUGCCGCCGUCGCCCCUGCUCUGGAUGCCAACUGCCCCAGCUUCUUGGAGGGUCUUGCCAUGCCUACUUUUACCCUCGGCAACAAGGCUCCCCGCAUCGACUAUGUCCGCACCUUCCCCAAGACCCCCAAUGACGAGGUCGUCAUGGACUGGGCCCUCUCGUUCACUCCCAACGACAUUCAGGACAUUACCCCGCGUCAGCUCAAGGACCGCGUCAACCCCAAGAUUGUUCUCGAGAUCCGCCUCGGCAAGGGCUUCAUUUCCACUGGCAUGCCUAUCCUCCUCGAGGACCUCAACUUCUCCGGCAAGAUGCGCAUCAAGCUCAAGCUCAUGAGCGCCAUGCCCCACGUCCAAAAGGUCGAGAUGUCCUUCCUCGAGAAGCCCCAGUUUGACUUUGUCCUCAAGCCCAUCGGUGGAGAGACUCUUGGCUUUGACAUUAACAUGAUUCCCGGCCUCGAGCCCUUCAUCCACAACCAGGUUCACGCCGCCCUCGGUCCCAUGAUGUACGACCCCAACGUGUUCACCAUCGACCUUGAGCAGCUCAUGUCGGGCACCCCUCUCGACGCCGCUGUUGGCGUUCUCAAGAUCCACAUCCUCGACGCCCACGGCCUCAAGUCGACCAAGAUUGGUGGCGGUGCUCCCGACCCGUACGUUUCCAUGUCUCUCGGUACCAACCCCGCCGUCGCCCGCACCAAGACCAUCGAGGCCACCGCUACUCCUGCCUGGGGUGAGACCCAGUUUGUUCUUAUCAACUCGCUUUCCGACGUUCUCAACCUCAACGUUUUCGACUACAACGAGCACCGCCCCGACGACCUCAUCGGCACGGUCAUGCAGGAGCUCAAGGAGCUUGCCGACGAUGCCGAACGCGAGGGUGUUGUCGGCAAGGUUCUCGACGGCGGCAAGGACCGCGGUGACCUUCGUUUCGACCUGACCUACUACCCGACCAUUCAGCCCGUCAAGAACGCCGACGGUGUCCUGGAGCCCGUUCCCGACAUUCCCACUGGUAUUGUUCGUCUUACCGUCCACCAGGCCAAGGACUUUGACCGUGCCGGCAACGACCUCAACUCGUUUGCUGAGAUCUUCCUCGGUGCCAGCAAGACUCCCUGCCACGUUACCGAUGUUGUCAAGAAGUCCAAGACCCCUGCCUACGAGUCCCACACCGAGUUCCUGGUUGCCGACAAGAACGCAUCUGUUAUUACCGUUGUCUGCAAGGACAAGGCCGGUGGCUCCCUUGGUCGUCUUAGCAUGAAGCUUGCCGAGAUUAUGGCUGCCAAGGCCUCUGGCAACGACUGGUUCCCCCUCGCCGGCACCCGCGAUGCCAAGGUCCGUAUCUCUGCCGACUUCCGUCCCGUUGCCAUGGCUGGCGUCAUCGACGCUGCUUCCUCGUACCAGCCUCCUAUCGGUAUCCUUCGCGUCUUGAUCAAGAACGCCACCGAUAUCAAGAACCUCGAGCUCGCCGGCAAGUCUGACCCAUACGUCCGUGUCUCCGUCAACAACAAGACUCUCGCCCGUACCGAGGUCGAGAACAACAACCUCAACCCCGUUUGGGACCAGUUUGUCUACGUUCCCGUCCACAGCCUCCGCGAACGCGUUGUCCUCGAGGUCAUGGACUACGAGAACGUUGGCAAGGACCGCACCCUCGGCACUGUUUCUAUUGACGCUUCCGACUUUAUUGUCGCCAACGAGUCUGACCUCACGUACCCCUACGCUUCCAAGGCUGGUCCCCAGACCCGCUCCGACCGCAUCAAGCAGGCGUCGGCCGGCCAGUUCAAGGGUACUCUCAACUACGAGGUCGACUUCUGCCCCGCUGUUGCCUUCAAGGACGGUGUCUCGUUUGAGGCCAAGGCCAACGACCUCGAGGAGGCUGCCGCUGCCAGGACUGCCGCCAGCACCAACGGUGCCCCCACUCCUAUCGCGAGUGGUACAGCCACCCCUGUUGCCGCCCCCGUCCCGGCAGUCCCCGUUAAGGAAGCUGCCAAGGAAGUCGCCAAGGACGCUGUCAACGGUGGCACGCCCAAGGAGGGUGAGGCCGAGGCCGAGCCCGAGAAGCCCACUCCUGGUGUCGUCCUGUCCGAUGCCGAGAUCCUCGGUUCCCAGAGCGGUGUGCUCGUUUUCCAGUGCAUCGAAGGCCACCUCCCCAAGAAGGGCUGCCUCGAGGUCCUCUUCGACGAGGGCUACUGGCCCGCCUACACUUCGGAGCGUGCUCGCAGCCAGCACGCUCGCUGGGACCAGGUCGGCGAGGGCUUUGUCCGUGAGCUCGACGUUGGCACGACCUGGCUGCGUAUCAACGCUGCCGAUGACCCUACUGCGGACAAGGACGAGAUUGUGGCCGAGCUGCACCUGGACACCAAGGAGUUCCUCGAGCAGUCGCUCAACAAGGAGGCCACCUUUGUCCUCACUGGCGAGGACGGCAGUCGCAGCACCAUCAAGAUGUCGUCGCGCUUCGUCCCCGUCGGCAUCAAGCUCACCGCCCGCGAGUCGAUCAACGACCAGGGUAUGCUCCGCGUGACUGUCAUCAGUGCCAAGAACCUCAAGGCCGCCGACCGUGGUGGCAAGUCUGACCCCAACGUCACCUUCCUCCUGAACGGCGACAAGGUCUUCAAGUCCGAGACCAAGAAGAAGACGGUCAACCCCGUCUGGAACGAGACCUUUGAGGUCGCCGUCCCUUCGCGUGUCAAGGCCCAGCUCGCGUACGAGGUCGAUGACUGGAACACAGUCGGCUCUGCCGACGAGCUCGGUGGCGGCCUCCUCAACCUCGCCGCCCUCGAGCCCAUGGAGCUCCAGAACCUUGACGUCCCGGUCGUUCUCGAGGGCAAGCAGUUCGGUACCUUGCAGUGCAACGUUCUGUUCCGCCCCCAGAUCAUUGCCCGUACCCGCCAAAAGACCUCUACCUUCUCGGCUGCCGGCCGCACUGUUACCAACAUUGGUGGCGCUGCCAUUGGUGCCCCCGUCGCUGUCGGCAAGGGUGUGGUUGCCGGUGGUGGUGCCGUCGUCUCUGGUGUCGGCCACGUCAUCACCGCUCCCACGCGUCUCUUCAGGAAGAAGGACCGUUCGAGCAGCGUCAACGAGCCUCCCACCAUUGUGGAAACUCCCCCCGUGGCCGGCCAGGGCUACAACGUUGCUCCUCAGGUCCAGCUCGCUCCCAACACCCAGGUCUCGGGCCCGGCCGACCUCGUUGAGGAGCUCGUUCCCGCCGCCGCCGUCGGCGCCAUUGCCGCUGGCGAGACCCUCCCUGAGGGUGCCGGUGCGGCCACCUCUGAGCCUGGUACUCUUACCGUCGCCGUCAUUGGCGCCAAGGACCUCAAGCCCUCUGGCUCGCACGGCGCCAAGGACCUCAAGCCCUACGCGGUCGUCAAGCUCGGCGCCAAGACGAUGAAGACCGACUACCAGAAGGGCGUCGAGUGCGAAUGGAACGACACGUUCAACUUCAACCUUCUGCCCGGCACCACCCAGUUUGUCAUCACCGUCUACGACAAGCACUCGUUUGGCAAGGACAGCGAGAUUGGCGAGGCCACCAUUGACAUCUGGCGCCACAUCCAGCCUGCCGUCCCGACCGCCGACGUCUUUGUCGAGCUCAACGACGGCACCGGUCUCCUCAAGCUCCGCCUCGACUGGCAGACGGGCCUCAUGUCCAAGGGCCUCGCGCGCACCCGUAGCCGCACGCCCAGCGUGAGCUCCAAAAACGGCGUCUCGACCGACACCCCGCGUUCGUCCAAGUUCACCAUGACGCCGCAGAAGGGACAGCAGUAA